AUGUAUUUUAGGGUCGGCAUCUAUCUAUCUAUCUAUCUAUCUAUCUAUCUAUCUAUCUAUCUAUCUCAUUUCUAUCUAUCUAUCUAUCUAUCUAUCAUUCAAAAUCUGUUCAUAUUUAAAUCCAGUAUCUAUCUAUCUAUCUAUCUAUCUAUCUAUCCCAGUUAUUUAAAUCUAUCUAUCUAUCUAUCUAUCUAUCUAUCUAUCUAUCUAUCUAUCUAUGUUGGUAUGUUCAUCUAUCUAUCUAUCUAUCUAUCUAAUUGGUCAUCUAUCCUAUCUAUCUAUUAUUUAAAUCUAUCUAUGUUGGUCUGUUCAUAUUAUUCUAUCUAUCUAUCUCAUCUAUCUAUCUAUCUAUCUAUCUCAUUUGGUCUGUUCAUAUCUAUCUAUCUAUAUUUAAUUAUCUAUCUAUCUAUCUAUCUAUCUAUCUAUUUAUCUAUCUAUCUAUCUUUUCUAUUUAAAUUCUAUCCAUUUUUUUUUAUUUUUUUCUCUCAUUUGAGUUUUUUCAUUUUUCUUUCUUUCUGUGUUUUAUUUUUUCUUUCUUUCUUUUUUCAUUUUUUGACUUUAGUUCUUCAUUUUCAUUCUUUCUUUCUUUCUUUUUUCUUUGACUUUUGGUUCUUUAAAUUUUCAUUCUUUUUUAUUUUCUUUGGUUUUGACAGAUUUUGGUUCUUCAUUUUUUUUCUUUCUUUUUUUUUUCUUUCUUUCUUUUUUUUCUUUGGUUUUGACAGACUUUUUUUUCUUCAUUUUCAUUCUUUUUUCUUUCUUUUUUUUUCUUUUUUUUUCUUAUUUUCUUUGGUUUUGACAGACUUUUGGUUUUUUUAUUCUUUUUUUUUUUUUCUUUUCUUUCUUUCUUAUUUUUCUUUGGUUUUGACAGAUAUUUUUUGGUUCUUAUUUUUAUUUCUUUUUUUUUUCUUUUCUUUUUUUUUUUAUUUGACUUUUUUAUUCAUAAAUUCUUUCUUUCUUUCUUUUUCAAGAGAUUUCUUUCUUUUUUUCUUUCUUUCUUAUUUUUUGGUUUUCAGACUUUUGGUUCUUUUUUUAAAUUUUUUUCUUUCUUUUUUUUUCUUUGGUUUUUCUUUUUUGGUUCUUCAUUUUUAUUCUUUCUUUUUUUUUUUAUUUUUCUUUUUUUUGACAGACUUUUGGUUUCUUCAUUUUCAUUCUUUCUUAUUUUUCUUUGGUUUUGACAGACUUUUGGUUCUUCAUUUUCAUUCUUUCUUUCUUUCUUUCUUUCUUUCUUAUUUUUCUUUGGUUUUGACAGACUUUUGGUUCUUCAUUUUCAUUCUUUCUUUCUUUCUUUCUUUCUUUCUUUCUUAUUUUUCUUUGUUUUUUGGUUUCUUUUCAUUUAAAUUCUUUCUUUAUUUUCUUUAUUUUUUCUUUCUUUAUUUUUCUUUGGUUUUAAACAGACUUUUGGUUCUUCAUUUUUUUCUUUCUUUUUCUUUCUUUCUUUUUUUUUUUUUUUUUCUUUUUUUGACAUUUUUAAUUUUCUUCAUUUUCAUUCUUUUUUCUUUCUUUAUUUUCUUUUUUCAUUUUCUAUUUUUUUUUUUUUUUUCUUCAUUUUGUUUUAUAUUUCUUUUUUCUUUCUUUUCUUUCUUAUUCAUUUUUGGUUUUGACAGAUUUUUUUUUACUUUUUGGUUCUUCAUUUUCUUUUAUAUUUCUUUCUUUCUUUCUUAUUUUUUAUUUGGUUUUGACAGACUUUUGGUUCUUCAUUUUCAUUCUUUCUUUCUUUCUUUCUUUAUUUCUUUCUUAUUUUUCUUUGGUUUUGACAGACUUUUGGUUCUUCAUUUUCAUUCUUUCUUUCUUUCUUUCUUUCUUUCUUUCUUUCUUUCUUAUUUUUCUUUGGUUUUGACAGACUUUUGCUUCUUGAUUUUUCUUUCUUUCUUCAUCCCUUUCUGUUAUUUCUUAUUUUUUUCUCUUUUUACUUUUCUGCUCUUCACUCAAUCUUCCUCAUUAAAUUAUUUUUUUUCUUCACAAGGUUUUUUGAUUCGUCGCGACAUUCUUUCUUUUUUAUUUCUUUUCUCCUUCCGUCCAUUCGUUCUUUCUUUCUUUCUUUCUUUCUUUUCUUCAUUAUUUAUUCAUUCAUAUUUUCUUUCGUUUAAGUUUUCUUCUUUUUCUCUUUCUUUCUUUACAUACAUCUUCUCUCACCUUACUUCUCUCUUUAUUUUCUAUCAUAUAGACUUAUUUCAAAAUUUCCAUUUUUUCUUUCUUUUUUUCUAUAUUUAUAUUUUUCUUUACACUCCUUUUUCCUUCCUUCCUUUAUUCCACUCAUUACUCGUUCCAAAUUGA